UGUGUAAGGUCACAUAUCACAGAUUCUGGGGAUCAUGGGCAUCUUUGGGGGACCCUCACUCUGCCUACCACAGCGUCGUCGUCUGAGGUGUGACAGUGGCUCUCUUGGUAGCUGAGAGAAAAGAGAAAAUAGCAGACCCACGGGGGGUUCUUACUGCUUCUCCUGGAAGAGACAUUUGCUCACAGUUGCCCACAUUCCAUCAGCCACGGCAGGUUACCUGUCCAGGUCCGACACCCGUGGAGGGGACCUCUGGUCCUCCUACGAGGAGGGGCCGCAUCUAUUCUGAUAAUAGUCCAGGGGACCGCGGUGCUGCGCCGCAAGAUAAAGAGGCGGAGGGACAAGGAGUGGGGGUGACAGUUUGCUCCAGGGAGUCGGGAGGAAGGAGCAGAAGUAAAAGUCUUUCUCACGAGCCCAGGGACACCUGCAAUUUCCUAACCUCUCCUAACUUCCCCUUCUGCAAACUCAACGGCCAUUGGUGAGUAGGGCCGGCGGGAACCACGGAGCAAGGAAAUGCUAUUUCAACAGAAGGACUUUCCCCUCUCAUUUCUACAGCCUCUGCCUGCAGGCAAGGUCAGACGGUGGGCGUGUGGGGAGUGUCGGCGCUGUGCACACACCUCCGGGCCUCCAGCUCCCCUACGGCGCCCCCAUGCCCCGAACCCCGGUCAGGGAUGACCUCUGUCGCCUCUCCUCCUACUUGGAAGAACUGGAGGCUGCGGAGCUGAAGAAGUUCAAGUUAUACCUGAGGGCCGCCCCUGAACUGGGGGAGCGCAAGGUUCCCUGGGGGCGGAUGGAGUCCGCGGGUCCCCUGGAGAUGGCCCAGCUGCUCGGGGCCCAUUGCGGGGCAGGGGACGCCUGGCUGCUGGCUCUGAGCAUCUUUGAGCGGAUCAACAGGAGGGACCUGUGGAAGAGAGGACAGAGAGAGGGCCCGGAGAGGGAUUCUCCGCCUGGUGGCCCGGCCUCCCUGGGGAGCCUGUCAGCUUGCUCGCUGGAAGCCUUUCCCGGGACUCCAAGGAAAGAUCCCCGGGAAACCUACAGGGACUACGUGCGCAGGAAAUUCCGGCUGAUGGAAGACCGCAACGCGCGCCUGGGAGAAUGCGUCAACCUCAGCCACAGGUACACCCGGCUCCUCCUGGUGAAGGAACACUCCAACCCCGCGUGGACCCAGCAGAAGCUCCUGGGCACGGGCCGGGGACACGCGAGAACCGGGGGACACCAGGCCAGCCUCAUCCAGAUGGAGACGCUCUUUGAGCCGGACGAGGAGCGCCCCGAGCCGCCCCGCACCGUGGUCCUGCAGGGGGCGGCCGGGAUGGGCAAAUCCAUGCUGGCCCACAAGGUGAUGCUGGACUGGGCCGACGGGAAGCUCUUCCAGGACAGGUUUGAUUAUCUCUUCUACAUCAACUGCAGGGAGAUGAACCCCGGCGCGGCCGAGUGCAGCGCGCGAGACCUCCUCUCCGCGUGCUGGCCCGAGCGCGGCGCGCCGCUCCAGGAGCUUGUGCGCAUGCCCGAGCGCCUCCUGCUCAUCAUCGACGGCUUCGAUGAGCUCCAACCCUCCUCCCACGACCCGCGGGGCCCCUGGUGCCUCUGCUGGGAGGAGAAGCGGCCCGCGGAGCUUCUCCUUCGCAGCCUGAUUGGGAAGAAGCUGCUGCCCGAGCUGUCCCUGCUCGUCACCACCAGGCCCACGGCCCUGGAGAGGCUGCACCGCCUGCUGGAGCAUCCCCGGCACGUGGAGAUCCUGGGCUUCUCCGAGGCGGAGAGGAAGGAGUACUUCUACCGGUACUUCCACGAUGCUGAGCAGGCCGGCCAGGCCUUCAGCUUCGUGAGGGACAACGAGCCCCUGUUCACGCUGUGCUUCGUCCCCAUGGUGUGCUGGGUGGUCUGCACCUGCCUCAAGCAGCAGCAGGAGGGCGGGUGGCUUCUCCGGCAGACGUCCAGGACCACCACCGCGGUGUACAUGCUCUACCUCCGGAGUCUGAUGCAGCCCAGGCCGGGGUCCCCGGCCCCCCGGCCCCCGCCCCACCAGAGAGGGCUGUGCUCCUUGGCGGCCGAUGGGCUCUGGAAUCAGAAAAUCCUGUUCGACGAGCAGGACCUCCGGAAGCACGGGCUGGACGCCGCGGACGUGUCCUCCUUCCUCAUUAUGAACAUCUUCCAGAGGGACAUCAACUGCGAGAAGUUCUACAGCUUCAUCCACCUGAGUUUCCAGGAAUUCUUCGCGGCCAUGCACUACGCCCUGGACGGCGGCGAGGGCGCGUCCAGCCCCGACGGCCACGUGGGGCGGCUGCUGGCUGAGUACGGCUUUUCCGAGAGGAGCUUCUUGGCCCUCACCGUCCGGUUCCUGUUCGGACUCCUGAAUGAGGAGACGAGCGGCCACCUGGAGGACACUCUCCGCUGGCGGGUCUCGCCUGGCGUCAAGGCGGAGCUGUUGGCGUGGAUCCAACGCAAGGCCCAGAGCGAGGGCUCGACGCUGCACCAGGGCUCCCUGGAGCUCUUCGGCUGCCUGUACGAGCUCCAGGAGCAGGACUUCAUCCAGCGGGCCCUGGGCCGCUUCCAAGUGGUCGUGGUGAGCGGCAUCAGCACCAAGAUGGAGCACGUGAUCUCCUCGUUCUGUGUGCAGAGCUGCGGGGGCGCCCUGGUGGUGCACCUGCGCGGCGCCGCCUACGGCAAGGACGGCGAGGACGGGGCGAGAUGGGCCCCGGGGCCCCGGAUGCCACCAGCGCCUUCACCCGAGAGGAACCUUCUGCCAGAUGCCUACGGUGAACAGCUCGGUGCGGCUUUGAGCACCAACCCGAAUCUGACCGAGCUGGUUUUGUGCCGCAUCGCCCUGGGAAGCCGGGGGGUGAAGCUACUCUGUCAGGGGCUCAGACACCCCAGCUGCAAACUUCAGAAUCUGAGGCUGAAGAGGUGCCAGCUGCCCGGCUCUGCCUGCCAGGACCUCGCGGAAGCCCUGAUAGCCAAUAAGAGCUUCAUGAGGAUGGACCUCAGCGGCAAUAGCCUGGGGCUGCCAGGCAUCAAGCUGCUUUGUGAGGGGCUCCGGCACCCCGGAUGCAGGCUGCAGAUGAUUCAGUUGAGAAAGUGCCAGCUUGGGGCUGAGGCUUGCCAGGAGAUGGCCUCCGUGCUUGGCGCCAGCCGACACCUGGUGGAGCUGGACCUGACGGGAAACGCGCUGCAGGGUUUGGGUCUGCGCUUCUUAUGUCAAGGCCUGAGGCACCCCGGCUGCCCGCUGAGGAUCUUGUGGUUGAAGAUCUGCCAGCUCACUGUGGCUGCCUGUGAAGACCUGGCCGGCACCCUCAGUGUGAACCAGAGCCUGGUGGAGCUGGACCUCAGCCUGAAUGACCUGGGGGACCCAGGGGUGCUGCAGCUGUGUGAGGGCCUCAGACACCCUCAGUGCAAACUCCAGACCCUCCGGCUGGGCAUCUGCCGGCUCGGCCCCGCGGCCUGCGAGGGUCUCUCUGCCGUGCUCCGGGCCAACCCCCACCUCCGCGAGCUGGAUCUGAGCUUCAACGACCUGGGCGACGGGGGCAUGCGGCUGCUGGGCGAGGGGCUGCGACACCCCGCCUGCAGACUGCAGAAGCUGUGGCUGGAUAGCUGUGGCCUCACAGCCAGAGCUUGUGAGGAUCUGUCUUCCACGCUGGGGGCCAAGCAGACCCUGACAGAGCUUUACCUGACCAACAACGCCCUGGGGAACACGGGUGUGAGGCUGCUAUGCAAGGGCUUGAGUCAACCCGGCUGCAAACUCCGAGUCCUCUGGUUAUUUGGAAUGGACCUGAAUAAGAUGACCCACAGAAGACUGGCAGCACUUCGCCUAACAAAACCUUACUUGGACAUUGGCUGCUGAAUGGUUCUGUCUGCUGGUGCUUCCCUCGGAGCCAGGCCGGAGGGUCCUCCCAGGACCCCCUAACCAGCGUAGUGAUCGGGCUCUUUAUUUCCUCAAGAGACAAACUCGUACGCAGAAUAAAUCCUUUCCGCAAGGGGUCUAUGUCAUGAACACGUAAUGGCACCGGGACUUCAGUUUUGGUAAAGCGGGUGCCAUGCAGAGAACUCAGCUGGGCAGCGGGCGAUGCCAGAGCAGAGGCUCUCUGCUGAGGCUGGCUGGGCCCCUUGCCCCACGGGGGCAGAGCUACUGGCAUCUAGUGGGUAGAGGCUGAGGGCACAAGAGAGCCCCCUACCACACAUUGCUUCUCGGAAACGUCGCGUGCACCGAAGGUGAGA